CAUCACAGAAAGAGACGGAGGGGGAAGCCAUGCGCUGGACUGCAGUGGCAGCGUCACUUCUUGCAUUUCUCUCCGUGUCAGGGGUCAGGGGUCAGAACGGCUGGAGCGUGACCUACCUUCCCUCACAGAUCUGCGCCAUAAAAGGCUCAACGGUGGAUUUGCAAUGCAACUACACACAUCCAGCCAGAGAGGGGGAUACGGUCAUAGAAGUUACAAACCGAAUAUGGUUCACCAAAGGACAACUUGCUGCUCCUGUGGAUCUGAAAGCUGACCCAGACUACGCAGGUCGUAUAGAGUAUAAAAAUGGCUGCGCCGUGGCUAUCAGGGACGUACGAGAGAGUGACGCUGCUGUCUACAAGUUCAGGUUCAUAACCAAUCACCAAAGUGGAAAACACAUCGGCUUGCCAGGGGUCACUUUGUCAGUCUCUGCCGUCGAGCUGCAGGUGGUCAAACGGGAGCGCAGACCGAGCGGGACUCUGGCAGAGAUGACGUGCAAAAGCAAAUGUCUGCCUGACCGACAUCCUUACAUCUGGAUCAAGAACGGGCAGAACGUUUCGACGCAGACCUCCUCGCCUUUUUCACACACGUUUUCUUUCGCGGACCGCGUUUCGUGCGCCGCGGCAGGACACAGACAGUUCCCGUCUCCGGCAGUGUACAUGCCAAAUCUUCCCUCGGUGUCGCUGAGUUCCUCUGGUCACAUUGUGGAGGGCGACCCAACAACUCUAACUUGUUCCAGUGAUGCUAAUCCAGUAGCUACAUACAGCUGGUACAAGAAGGACGCUUCUGGUCCUCUCAGCAAAGACUCACAACUCGUCUUCACGUCUAUCCAGUCCUCUGACUCUGGAGAGUAUUACUGUAAAGCUGAGAACGUGCUGAGAAUAAGGACAUCUAAAGUCGUCUUUAUCGACGUAAAAUAUGCGCCAAGGCUUCUUUCUGUGGCAUUAAGACCCUCUGGUGAAGUAGUGAGGGGAACCUCAGUGGACCUGAUUUGUAGCAGUGAUGCUAAUCCAACAGCUAAGCACAUCUGGUACAAGAAGAACAAGCCUGAGCCUCUCAUUUAGAAACUUCAAACAGUAAAGUUGUUGUGCUAAAAGUAUAAAUUUGUGGAACUUAAGCAAGAAAUAAGCAGAUUUUUUAGGAGUAGUUAGGUUGUUUUUUUUCACACAAUUGGAAAACCAUUACCAUGUUUCCAAACACUCAUACUCUAGCAUAAGCUAAUAAAAAAAAAGAUUGACACAGAGGUCAUCCAAAUGCUAAAAUGCUAUUCUUUUUUUCUCUUUUAGAUCCACCGAGCUUCCCCGUUGUUUCGCAUAGUUUUCCAGGUGAAGUAGUGGAGGGAAACUCGGUGACUUUGACUUGUAGCGCUGAUGCUAAUCCAGGAGCUACUUACACGUGGCACAAGGAGCACGAAGCCAAUCCUCUCAGCAAAGGCCCAAAACUUGUUUUCAAGUCUGUUCAGUCGUCUGAUUCUGGAAAAUAUUUCUGCACGGCUGAGAACGUUUUCAACAGGACGACUUCGGACGGCUUCUUGAUUGACGUGGAAUAUGCUCCAAAGCUUCCCUUGGUCUCGUUGAGUCCGUCUGGUGAGGUCAUGGAGGGCAUUUCACUGACGCUCACCUGCAUCAGUGAUUCAAACCCCGCCGCUAAUUACACCUGGUUCAAAGAAAAUGAGAAAACGCCACAAAGUUCAGGACAAAAUCUCACCAUCACAAAUAUUGGCCGACAGCAUAGUGGCCUUUACUACUGCGAAGCUCACAACAGCAGAGGGAGUCACAAAUCUGCCAUACAUCUUACUGUUGCUGCAAGGUACAGAAACAUGAUGUUCAAGAUAAUGAACAUCAUAAAGUUGGCUGUAGCUGCACUGCUGCUGCUGAUUCUUCUGUUUGCUUCUUCUCUUUGGACGAGGUAAUAUCAGCAAACACGUUUAGCUCCACUGCUUUAUUCAUAUCUAUAUCCUCUAAGGAUAUACUUUUGUCCGUUUGUUGUUGAAAUACUGGAUUUGCUUGACUCAGAAAGAAGAAACCAACUGAAUCGAAGGAACAUGUCGAGAACAUAGAGCUGGACUUGUGUAAUGAAUAUGAGAACAUCUCGACCUUGAGAGCCUUUGUUGCAUCGCAGGAGGAGAGAGAAGCAAACCAACCCAACGUGAAACCAAGUGAAGUCACGACUUUAUGGGUAGAUGGACAGGAAUGAGAUCUUAACCAAAACGAUGACAUCUGGUGGCAGAAAUAAACAUUUUCAAACAGUGGCUAUAUUUUUAUAUUUUAUGCCUUGUGUUAGCUACUUUGUAAACGUAGCUGGGUAAAGCCAAGUUACUAGUUUAAUAGUGGUGUACCUUCCAAUUACUUAAUACCUAAUUACAGUACAGACCAAAAGUUUGGACACACCUUUUAAUUCAAUGAGUUUCCUUUAUUUUCAUGACUAUUGACAUUGUAGA